AUGUCGUCAACAUUUCGAGAUCUCUGUCCAGAUAUUCUCCUAGAUAUUUUCUGUUAUUUCUCAAUCGAUCAACUUUUCUAUUCAUUUUAUCCUGAUGUUCUUCCGAUUCUCCAAACGCUUCUUUAUGAAAGUAGAAUGAAAUUUCAACUUUGUCUUAGCAAUGAUGAUCAUUUUACUGCUACUCUGCUUUCUCUUAUUAAUGAAAAUCAAGUCGGUUCUUUGCGUAUGACAGCAGCUAAAAACGAUUUUGUAAAAUUUCGCGAACUGCAAUGGAUUACAGUGAUCAAUAUUCAUAUUGAUCGUAUGCUUCUACAAAAGCUCUCUAAAUUACCUCGAUUGACACAUGUCAUUUGCAUUGAUUCUCAAUUCAGACAAGAAUGUUUUAGAUACGUCUGUUGUUUACCUUUUCUUAAAUACUUUGAAGUAAACUUACAUGGUGGUUAUUUGGAUAUUCCAAUAACAUCCUAUCAACGCACAUGUCCAAUUGAAGAACUUGUCUUACAUACACCUUGCUCAUGGGAAUAUUUACGACGAUUAAUCAGUCAUUUGACUCAUCUACGUAUUUUACGCGUCAUGGUAAAUGUUGAUAGAAGUUCGGAUAUCACUAUACAACAUUAUAGUGAAAAUUUUCCUUCCAUUGAAAUCUUUGAUCUUACUUGGUAUUCAAUUGAAAUGGAAAAUAUUCUUGCUCUUGUACGUCAUAUGCCACAUUUAAAACAACUUCGUUUAUCCGGUAAAAUAGAUGUGAACAAUUUAAAUAGUGAUCUAUGGCAACAACUUUUGGAAGUUGUUUGUCGGAAUUUGAAACGAUUAAAUGUCAAUAUGUUAAUUUCGAUUCGAGAAGGAGCAGACAGAAUUCAAAAGGAUUUUGAUAAUAAUCUCUUUUUUCAACGAAUUCAAUUUCGUUUGAUACCGAGUAACGAUGAAAAUGAAUUACUAAUACUCAAUGGCGAUUUUCGACGUUAG